AUGACAAUGAACAAGGAAUUAUAUGUUGUGGAAGAGGAACAUAGUGGGAGUUCAGACUACAGAGAUGCAUGCAAACUCAGUUUUCAUACUGGAUCGUAUCCAUCUCAGAUGUUUAUCGAGCUUCAAGAAUUGGUACCAAGAGUUGAAGGGGGAUUGCAGUUUGAUGAAUCCAUCUUUAAAAUGCCUGUAGCUGCACAUUUUCGAGUCCUUUGGUUGGAAACUGCGCGAUGGGUGAAUUUUGAAGAAAAUUUCAAUGAAGUAGAGCAACGUUUCACAGAAGCACAUGUACCACCGAUGAAAUUUUCCUGUAUAAAUAGUUUCCGGGAAAAAUUAUCGCACGACCUGAAAAUUAUACAAACAGAUGCACCUACGCUUGGACAAGCUCUUGAUGAAGUAGCAAAGUAUGCACUUCUACAAGAGUGUAUUCAAGGAAAUGAUCAAUAUGAUGUACUUCGAGCGAUACUGUUCGCUGAACGUUGGCAUCCAGAUGUCAAAGGUCAUAUUUCAGAUGAAGCUGAAUUCGAGCAGUAUUGGGCAGGAUGCUUACCAGAAGGUGUGAAUCCCGCUUACGAAAAUGAUGACGGGAAACGAACUUUUAAAAAUUUUCAAUUUAAAAUGAAACCAGCAUUUUUACAGAGAGCAUCGGUUUCAACAAUUGGAUCUAGACAUAAGAAAAGUAUUACUGCAAGCAGAGGCUCAGCCUCAACAAAUGACUUCAAACCUAAGCUUUCUUUAGGUAGUAGAGAUCAAGGAACUAGUUCAUUGGCAAAAGCUCUCAGUAUUCAUCAUGAAUAUCAACAUCCUUAUCAUCGAUACAAUCAACCUUUAACUAAUUGUAUGUCUACUGGCUCAGAAGCCUGUACUGUCAUCUGUGGUUUGGUUGAAUUCUUAAAAGCACCUAUUCUUGUGCUGUUAAGAUUAAACAAAAGUAUUCAACGUUCGUGUAUUUCUGAAGUGGAUAUUCCUGUACGCUUUAUAUUUAUUUAUAUCGGACCUCAAGUUGAUGAUCUGAAUUAUGCUGAAAUGGCUCGUAUAUUUGCUGUAAUGAUGACCAGUGAUGUCUUCCGAGUUUCUGUCUACGAUGCGAUCACUGUUGAUGAUAUAGUCAAAGCGACUGACGCCUUCAUGCAGGAUUCACUGGUAAUGCCACUUUCUCGUCAUUAUAAUGCUAAUGCGCUUGCUGGGAUGACGCGUCAAAUAGAGGCGUAUCGAAGAGAAACAGUAAUCGAAAGAGAUGUGGAUCGUCGUGUGAGAGCUUUGUUUACAGUAAGAAAAUCCAAUGAACAAUCCCAAAAUAAUUUGGUUAACGGGUCAUUCCCUCCACCUUCAUCCAAUCUUAAGCAACAAGACAGCGCAUUAAAACCUGAUGGAGAUAAACCGCCAAUCCCACAGACUGAAAUUGACACUCCAAAAGUUUCCAAGCGUCAAAUUUUUUACGUGAUUUUUGCCCUCCAUUUAUUGAAGUAG